AUGAGCUCUCACGAUCAGACACCGAACCAAACAGCGCCUGCUGGGAGGGAUCCUCCGAACUCGCCCCACAACCACUCGCAAUCGGACUAUGGGGAGUUUCCCAGCUUUGUCUACGCCGAAGAUGAACAGAUGGACGCGAAAGACGCCGCUUCGGAAGAGGUGCUGACGGAGCCGCCGAACCCUGAUGCUGGUGCUACCUUGGACGGAAACACAGAGGUGCACGACAUGCUCCCGCCCCCGAAACCACCGGUCCCUCCGAAUCCACAGUUGACAUCGGAGGAGUACAACGCGCAACUCCUAUCUGACCCCCGAAUGAGGCAAUCCAGUGUCGUCAAUCCGGAAUUCCUUCAGCAAUACUACCGAGAGUCCCGACUACACCACCUCUCCACCUGGAAAGCGGAACUCAAGGCCCAGCUGCAGGCAGCUGCGAAAGAGAAGGCUCAAACACAGGGUGCCAGGAAGAAUCCUGUGGCUGGUGCUAGAAGAUACAUACUUCAUGUGGAUUUCGAUUCCUUUUUUGCAGCUGUUUCUCUUCUCAAGCACCCAGAGCUUCGCGAUAAACCUAUCGCUAUUGCCCAUGGCUCUGGCUCUGGAUCGGAAAUUGCCAGCUGCAACUAUAUUGCACGUGCGCAUGGAGUCAAAAAUGGGAUGUGGAUGAAGGGGGCUCAACAAGCUUGUCCCGAACUUAAAGUUUUGCCGUAUGACUUCCCUGCCUACGAAGAUGCGAGUCGCAAGUUCUAUAAGGCGAUACUGUCAAUAGACGGGAUUGUUCAAAGUGUGAGCAUCGACGAAGCGCUUGUGGAUGUUACGAGCCAGUGCAUCGAAGCCGGGGGCUCGGACGGGAAAGCGAUAUCGGAAGGAUCUAUAUACCGGGAGCAGGCAAGGGCAGACGAAAUCGCUCAAAGACUUCGAGAUGAGGUCAAAGAGAAGACUGGCUGCGCAGUAUCUGUGGGCAUUGGUGCAAAUGUUUUGCAAGCCAAGGUUGCGCUGAGAAAAGCGAAGCCGGCUGGUCAAUUUCAGCUGAAACCUGACGAGGUGCUUGAAUUCAUUGGCAACCUUGACGUCCGAGACUUGCCGGGAGUUGGAUAUAGCAUGACUGCCAAGCUCGAGGAGCUAGGGGUGAAGCUUGUCAAAGACUUGAGGGAGUUUACGCGAGAAAGACUGUCGUCCUCCCUUGGACCAAAGACUGGAGUUAGACUGUGGGAAUACUCCCGAGGUAUGGACAAAACAGAGGUCGGGAACGAAGUUGUGAGGAAAUCGAUAUCCGCAGAAGUCAAUUGGGGAAUCCGCUUCACCAACCAAGAGCAAUCAGAGGAUUUUGUCAAAUCUCUCUGUGAGGAGCUGAACCGGCGACUUGUUGAUAAUCUAGUGAAGGGCAAACAUCUCACGCUCAAAGUCAUGCGACGGUCCAUGGAUGCUCCUCUGGAGCCUGUCAAACAUCUCGGACAUGGCAAAUGUGAUACGUUCAAUAAGAGUGCUGUCCUGGGCGUCGCGACAAAUUCCCCGGAUAUCCUAGCUAAGGAAGCUAUCUCCAUGCUGAGAACUUUCAAUUUCUCUCCAGGCGACUUGCGUGGUCUCGGUGUACAAAUGACCAAGCUCGAGCCGAUCAAAACUGGCCCGUCAGCGAAUCUAGAUAGUAGCCAGAAGUUGCUUAGUUUCUCCAAGUCGCCGUCUCGCAAAAGCAUCAUAAAGCCUGAAACCCGUCUCAGGAAUGAUAAGGUUGCAGAGCCCACCACACCCCCGCCGGGCACGAGUGCCGCACAAUCAAUGGACACGGCAGGGUCCCAAUUCAUUAUGCCUACUCAGGCAGACCCAAGUAUUCUAUCCGAGCUUCCGAUUGACAUAAGAUCGAGACUUGUAGCUCAAGCCAAGCCACAUCGCGACUCUCGCUCUGGAUCACCAUCACCGUGCCCCCCACAAGCUCAAAAUAAAGCACCAGCGACAGCGACUCUUCCUCCUCAAUCCCAGUUGGAUCCUGAGAUCCUAGCUGCCUUGCCAGACGAUGUUCGCAACGAAAUCAUGGGCUAUUACAACCCGGAUCCAUCUCCCCGUAUGCCAGACUCAAUGCCUCAAUUGGGAUCGCCUGGUCCUGCUCCUGCUCCUGCAGCGACGACCUCGCGCCCUAUGUCCGCUGGGGCGCUGGGAACAAAACGACCAUACUCGCCGUCCAAAAAGCGACGCGGACGCCCACCGAAGGUCGCCAGAGUUGACAACAGUACGAACAUGACAUUAGCUGGCUUUGUAUCACGGCCAGUGACAGCGGCGCCUCUUGCAAGUCGCGUCGAAGAGGCUCAUCGCCAAGUGUCUCCAGCCGUCGAAGAACAGACUGAAGUUUCCGCUGAAUUCUUAGCUGCUUUACCAGAUGAUAUUCGACAGGAGAUCCUAGAUGAACAGAGGCGUGCCCAAACAAAGCAAGACGCUGUACCUGCGCCCAGACCUGCUACCCCUCGGGAAACGCCCCCGGUCGAUCCAGAAGACGAUACUUCAGCGGAUCAGAUGGAGAAGCGUCUUCCCCUCCCUCCUCUCCCCGCACGGCCAGUCUUCACAUCGCAGCGUCUCUGGCAAUUGCCAGACCUACGAAAUGCCGUUGAAGAGUGGCAUUCGGCCUUUGCGGCUGAAGGGCCUUACACAGAGGAUCUUGAGGUUCUCUGUGCAUACAUAGGCCGUGUCGUGGUGGACGAGAAGGAUAUCGACAAAGCCGUUUCGCUAGUACGCUGGGUUGCGCGUCUCGUUGAGGACUCUCCUUUUGACCAGAGUCAGCAAAGUCAGGCCCCGCAUUCUGCUCAGGGAACCGUGACCUGGGAAGAAGCCAUGGCAACCCUGUACACCUGCGUACAAACCGCCUUAGAAGCCCGAGGUCUACCACCAGUAGACUUUGAUUGA